AUGGCCUCCAGUAGUAUUACUUGCAUUUCUUCCGCCUUGGAUGAUUUGCAAUCGCUCUUGAAUAUUUUUCAUUAUCCGGAGUUUUUGCUUAGCGUGAAAAACUGGCUAACAUUUCUGAGAACAUUUAUUUUGUGUGCGACAAAGUGGGGCAAAGAUUAUGUGCAUUUAGCAUCUGACGACAAAGAGGAGGUAGAUAAUCAUCAUGCAAGUCUAGAAGCUCUGAUAGUUCGGAUUGAAGACGCCAUUUCCAAAAGGGCACAGGAGCUUCACUCCAUUUAUCUUUCUAGUUCGGAGAAUCCAUCAUAUAAUCAGGCUUUCAAGAUUGUCGAUUGUAUAGAAGGAUCAGACAUGGUAUCUUUGAGGCCAGAAAUUUACAGAUGGUACUUCUUCUUCUCAGAUUGCUCAUCAAAGCUUUCUAGUAAUUUGAUUGUCAGAAAAGAUGACAUUAUGGAAUUCAUGGAUUCUCUUCUGGAGAGUCUAGAGGAUUUUCAUGACUGGGGAUUUGCGGAUGGUCUCAUCAAAGCCCUCGAAGAGAAGCUAGAGUUCCUGAAAAACUUCAUCCGUUUUGUCACACUACAUGACGUUGAAGACACACAAUUGGGACCUUUAUUGACUCAUGUUAAAGCUGUGGCUAUCAAAGCAGCGCGCCUCUCUUAUCAGUGCAAGUUCGUGAAGAAAUCCGAAUUGCAGGAUGAAACUGACAAAAGUAUUUUGGAACUGCUGCUGAAGAUUAUUCCUGUAGAGCCCCAAGUCCAUGAGACUUGUGUCCAGGCUCUGAUUGCUUCAAACUUAUCAAGAAAAUCACUUGGGGACACAGAUGAGCAAAUAUUGAGAGAUUUUCUUGAUUCUCUCCUGUGUAAUCUUGGGGACAUACUAAAAUCUGGACUUGCUAUUCUCUCCCCCUCUCUAAAUGCAAUCAAAGAUGGUGUAUUAUUAUCCCAGGAUAUGGAACUUUUGUCAUCUGAUUUGUUGAAAAAGAUUCAGCUUAUCGAGACAACGGUUGCACAGAGAUGUCCAGAACCAUCAUUGUUCGACUAUCCCAAGACCAACGGAUUGGGCUUUAUUGAUUUCCUUCUAGAAAAUCUGAUAGAACUGACAAGUACUGAGGCUGGCUCGAUUACUUUCAUGAAUCAUCCAAUUCAAGCAGUCCAGGAAGAACUUGUUUGUUUACGCUCUUUGCUGGGGAGAAUUGUGGAGUUGCGCAGUGAAGAUGAGGAGCUCCAAGCAAUUCGGGAUUGUGCUAUAGAGGUGGCAUACAAGAUAGAGUUUCUUGUUGAUUCCUUAAUGGUUGGGGAUGAUCUAGAUUCUUCUUCAAUGUCGUUUCAUUCCAUUGUAGAAGAAAUUAAGAUCAUUAAGGCUAAGGCUUUGCAGAUUUGUGAUAAUGAUAGACUUCAUGGCAAAGUUAAGAAAGUAAGCAAGAGGCUCUUUCACAUGCCAACACAGUUAAAUAAGCCAAUAAUCAAUGAUGUGGUGGUGGGAUUGGAGUAUGAGGCUGCAUCGAUAAUUAGUCGACUCACAAGAGGAUCACUCCAACUGCAAAUUGUUUCCAUUGUGGGUAUGCCAGGACUAGGUAAGACAACUUUAGCUAGAAAAGUUUACAAUAGUUCGUCAGUUAUGUCCUAUUUUUAUAAGCGUGCUUGGUGUACUGUUUCUCAAGUGUAUCACAAGAGAAAUCUGUUACUUGAAAUUUUGAGUUGUAUUGAAUCCAAGCUUCCUGGCAAUGUUUUUGAGAUGAGUGAAGAAGAUCUGGCUCAUGAAGUCAAAAGACGUUUGUUAAGGAACAAAUACCUCAUUGUUUUGGAUGAUGUAUGGGACAUUGAAGCAUUCAAUGGAUUAGAAGCCUCAUUCCCUGACAAUGGAAAUGGAAGUAGAGUUAUCUUGACGAGUCGACGUCAAGAUGUUGCUCCCCAAGAUAAACUUGACCAAGAACCUCAUUCUCUUCGUCAACUCACACCUGAUGAGAGCUGGGAUUUGCUAAAAGCAAAGUUAUAUCCUGGACAAGAUUUGGCUCCUCCUGAACUAUGUGAAAUUAGACAGAAAGUCGUGGAAAUGUGUCAAGGACUACCUCUUACGGUUGUCAUCCUUGCUGGAAUUCUCUCAAGCAUGGACCGACAUGAUUGGAAAGAGGUUGUGGAAGGUUUAAGUUCAAGGAAUGUUUCUAGCACAGAACAAUGUACCGCUACUUUAGAGCUGAGUUACAAACAUUUACCAGAUAAUUUGAAGGCAUGUUUUCUUUAUUUUGGAGCCUUUCCAGAAGACUAUGAACACAAUACCAAGAGGUUGAUUUCCCUAUGGGUCGCUGAAGGAUUUGUUCAAAAAACUCAGCUCAAGAGAUCAGAGGAUGUGGCAAAUGAUUACCUGAUGGAACUUAUUAGCAGAAGCUUAGUCAUAGUUUCCAAACCAAGAUCCAUCGAUGGGGUCAAAGCUUGUCGCAUUCACGAUUUAUUAUAUGAGUUUUGUGUGACAAAAGCCAAAGGAGAAAAGCUUUUGCAGCUGGUACGUAGGUACGAUGAACUAUCUGCUUUCACCAUGCCAUGCUACCUACGCCGCUUAUGCAUUGAUUCUAAGCCUGAGCACUUUGACAACUUGAGAUAUCUUGUCCUGUCUAAGUCUCAAUCCUCUGAAGAACAUCAACAAGCUGUUGAGAAAGUUUCCAAAUAUCCGCAAGCUGAGAAGCUCUCUUUAUCUCAAUCAUGGCUAUGA